CAACCGUCACCUCAACCAACUACAAAUUCCCCAUCCAAUUAGCUGCUUUACUCCAACCCCUGUUUUCAUAUAUAGUUGCGGAAAAAAAGUGUACUGCGAAGCCGUGAACAAUGUCUGCGCCGCCGUGUGUCGCCGAAGUCAAAGUGGAGAGCUACGUGUUUCCGGCGACGGUCAAGCCGCCGGGCACGGCCAAGACCCUGAUCCUGGGUGGCGCAGGGGCGAGAGGAUUGAACAUCGACGGGAAGUUCGUCAAGUUCACGGCGAUAGGCGUCUACUUGGAAGCCGACGCCGUUCCCUCUCUCGCCGUUAAGUGGAACGGGAAAAGUGCGGAGGAGUUGACGGAUUCCGUCCAAUUUUUCAGGGACAUCGUUACGGGUCCCUUUGAGAAGCUGACACGGAUAACGAUGAUCUUGCCGUUAAGCGGCAAGCAGUAUUCGGAGAAGGUGACGGAAAACUGCGUUGCUUUCUGGAAAGCCGCCGGAAUGUAUGGCGAUGCAGAGAGAAAAGCUAUCGACAAGUUUAAUGAUGUUUUCAGUGACCAAAUGUUCCCACCGGGCGCCUCUAUUUUCUUCAAUCAAUCACCCCUUGGCUCGUUAACGAUUAGCUUCUCCAAAGACGGUUCAACGCCGGAGACUGCGAGCGCAAUAAUAGAGAACAAGCCGCUGUCGGAGGCGGUGCUGGAGUCGAUCAUCGGCAGCAAGGGUGUUUCCCCCGAAGCAAAGCAGAGCCUCGCCGUCAGAUUGUCGGACCUGUUCAUGAACGGCGGCGACGCCAUAAGCGGAAAAGUUGGAGGUGAGAAUGAUGUCAUUCCACAAACGGUCGUCGUCUCUAAAUAGGAAAUGGAGAAAUGAUAUCUGUUUUAUUUGGGAGUGGCGUCUGCCAAUCUAAUAAAGACUAAUAUUAUGCAUACUCUUAAUUUAUACGGAUUACUUUUGUUUUUAUUUUGUA